AUGCCGCUGCUGUCCUUGGCGGAGCCGCUCAGCUCCAGCGAGGGGCCCGCCUGGCGCAACAGGAGCCGGGCAAGGCUGAUCUCCUUGGAACUCCAGGACUUCAAGUCCUUCCAAAGGCGCAGCUUUCGCCUGGACGGGCAAUCCCUGUUCUGCCUGGUGGGCGGAAACUCCAGUGGCAAGUCCGCGGUGCUGGACGCCCUGCGCUUUGUGCUGCAGCGGCGCUGCGACCGAAGUCUGCGGAGCUACAUCCGGCGGGGGAAGCCCAUGCCCAAAGCGGCAAGGGUCACCGCCACCUUCGCCAGGGACGAAGGGGGCCCCAUUCUGAUGGUGCGGGAAGUUCGGGUUCACCCGGACAGCUCCAACAAGGAGGGCUACAUCCUCUCCCACUGGGUGAAGGAGGAGGAGGACUUUAAGGAGUUGUCGCCGGAGGGCUACGUCGCCUACUUGGCUGCGCUGCAGUGUUUGGGGGGUGACCUGCUGCUGCCGCAGUUCGGGCUGCUAGAUGGCCGGGCGGCCGCGGGGGUCUUGCAGAUGCUGCCCAAGGAGAUCGAACGAGUGGGCCUCGAAGGGGCCACCUCAGCGCCGCUUCUGAAGCGCAAGAAUGCCAAGACAGCCGACAGGAGCUCGGCAGCGGGCGCCAUGCGGGCAGAAGCCUGGCUGGUGCGGCGGGUAGACGAAGUGUACCGAGAGCUGACACGCGAGCCGCUGGACGACCGCAUGGAGGAGUGGGGCGAGGGCGGGCAGGCGGUGCUCAGCCGCCAGGCCGACGGCUGCUUCGAGCUGCGCACCUCCGCGCGGCGCGGUGGCGUGGCCUGCGGCUGCGGCACCCCGCUCAACAGCCUCUCCGACGGCGCCAGGGACAUUUGCGCCCUGAGCCUGCUCUUCGCGCUGCUGGGCCUCUUGAAUGGCAUGCGGGAGGCCCUGGCGCCCUUUGUCGUGCUGGAUGAGCCGGACUCUCGCCUGGACAAGCGCCACGCGAGCGCGCUGCGGAGGUUCUUGCAGGGCCGCGAUGGGCCGAGGCAGUGCAUCUGGAUGAGCCUCAACAACCACAACGCGCUUCCCGGUGACAUCGUGCUCGAUGGAGACGAGGAUGUCGGGGAGGCUCCGGACGAGAUGGGGGAAAAGGUAGCGCAUGGCAAGAGCCCGUCUGGGAAGCAUAGCAUCAAGGCCCGCUUCCUCUCGCAAAUGUCGGCACGCCUCCGGGAGGAGGACAGCAACUCCAAGAGGGUCUUCUUUAUGAAUGUCUGGGCCUCUGUGUCCCACGGGAUCUACAUCAGCAUCGAGGCCUCGGGCAAGCACCGGAGCCUCGGGGUGAAGACUAGCUUCGUUCAGUCCCUGUACUUGGACGCCUGGAAGCCGAUUCAUCUCAAGAUGAUGGAGCUGGGAGGCAACGAGCGCUUCCAUAGGUUCAUGGAGCAGCAGGGUGUCCCGAAAGACCUGCCAAUUACGCAGAAGUACCGCACCCGAGCUGCUGAAUGGUACAGAGAGGCCCUGCGCGCAGAAGCCGAAGGGUCGCCUGCACCAGAGCCCUUGGAGCCGGGCACGGGCCACCUGAGCCCAGAGCGGCCAGGCGAGCCCGCACUGACGGCCCGCGAGGACUCCGACUCCAGUAACGAGGAGGAGGUCAGCCCAAGGAAGUGCCUGUCCGGUCUUUUGGCACUGCUCGGCCGUACAUCCCCCAAGAGCGCUUCUCAGAGAGAGCGCGAGAAGCUGGGCCUUCAGGGGUUGGUCUCCUUGUUCUCCAAGAGAAAGAGACCUGUGAAGAUGAGAGCUCGAGCGCCCAUGUCGACGGUGAAGCUGAACCGCCGGGUCACGGAUAAGGUGCGCGAGCUGCAGAAGGCGGGUCUGCCCGGGCUGCGCCUGCCGGCGGUGGCCAAGAAGCUCUCGGAGUUGGAGGUGGACUCGGCCCUGGAGGUGCUGCAGGUUGUCCAAGAUGCCGACACGGGGGAUGAUCCCAACAAGUUCCUGCUCAACGCCAUUGAGGGGCUGCAGAAUCCCAUGGAGGAGGUGGAAGCCGAAGAGCCGGCGGAAGAGCCGGCGGAAGAGGGCGGAUAUGAAGAGAUCGAGCACGAAGAUGUGAGCCAGCUGCUGGAGUCGGUGAAGCAGCGGGUGCUGAAGCUGAACAAAACUGGAAAGCUCUGUACCGAUGUGGACCUCAGUAAGGUCGGUGGGCCGUUGGCCAAACUCACAGAGCCCAUCGCCAUGCAGUUGCUCAAGGACAUAGACAGCAACGCCGACAUGGUCGACAAGCCCACAAACCUGAUUGCGGACGCAGCAAGGAAGAUUUUCGAGAGUGGGCGCGGCGCUGCCAGUGAAAAGGCCGCCCAGCAAUUCGGCGUCCUCAUGAGGCGGAUUCGUUGGGUCAACUCCAACGUUUCGCUGCAGUACCCGCUGCAUAUGGGAAAUGUAUUGGACAUUCUUCAGCCCUUGAAGCACGAAGACGCGCUGCAGGUCCUCAAGGAUUUGGUGACGAAUGCAGAAGAGAUCGACUCCCCACAGAUGACAUGGCUGCGGAAAGCUGCCAGGGCCCUCCUAGACGGCUACCCAGACGGCGGAGACGGCGGAGGUGACCAGUGGAAGUCGAAGGACUGGAAAAAGGAGGACGACUGGAAACAGAAGUCCUGGAAGUCUGACGAGUGGAAAGGCGGAGGAGGCUGGAAGAAAGAGCAGUCCUGGGAUCAGCAGGCGAAGAAGCAGCGAACAGAGGCCAAAUGGUAGCGCAAGCACCGGCGUUUUGCGGCAGGG